GACCCAAUAAAAAUAAUCCCAUCCUUUUCGCACGUCCCCCUUGUGUGCUCAUUACAACACAAAGACGAUCCAGUCAGCCAGCAGCCGAAAGGAAGAACAACAAAACAAAACGCAUUUCAUUCCAGCAGAGAGAAUUCCAGCAAUAAAUUUUUGUUAUUUCGUUCGUUCGUGUUCAUCCAUCCUAAACGACGACAUUGACGAAGGACGACUAUUUUAUUUUGCAACACGAAGAAUUGCAAAUUAUUGCUGAGGUGUUGAUACACGUGUAUCAUGCCCACUGGUGAUCAGUGAUCUCGGAGACGUGGACGUAUCAAAAAUCGUCAACAAAGACUAGUCGACCUCGACGUAAGUGAAGUAAUAAUAAGUGUUCAGUUGAAACAAGUGUGGUCUUUAUAUUUUGAAUUGCACGUCGACAAAAUAGUUUACGAAUUAAUCCGACUUCUUGAUUCGAUAAGUCCGGAAACUUCUCUCUUCUCUGUUAAACUGGAUUUCUCGGAAAUAUAAAAUGUCCACGACACCGCCGACCGGAGGAGGGGGUGGAGAAUCGGAGGAUAAUUCCUCCAGUGUGAAUAAUAUCAGCUCGCUCGUUGCUGAGCGUGGGACGGGGAGUGGAACGACGGGCGCGAUGGAGGAAGAAUUCGACGAGAGCAGUAUCGAGGCGUUAAACUGGAGCGAGGCUGAUGAAGAGGAACUGCAACUUCAACAGGUCACUAGAAAACGUCACGGGGCCAAGAAUAGGUCACCCGUGGUUAAAAAGGUCGUCCUCUGUGGGGAUGGGAGCAUUGAAGGGGAACUCGCCGCUGCCGCAGCUUCCCUGCUGGAUCAAUCCACCACCACGGACAUGUCAACUUCUUCGUCACCAACGGUACGCAUGUUGUCAUCCUCUCUCCUCCAAUCUAUCGCUUCCUCUUCUCCCGAAUCCGCCGUGGGGGCGAACAAGUCGAAAAAAGAGGUUAUCGAGUCCUGGGCGUCCGAAGUGAAUGAUGCCGCCGACCGUGGAGAAAUGGAGAUUGAAGCUGAAGAACAAGGUGACGACGAAGAUGAAGAUGACGACGACGAUAUAAAAAUGAUGGACGUCACCAUGAACGAGUCCACGGUCAACGUCACCCUCCGAAAGAGGAAGACGAAGAACAAGCCCAAAAUUAUUGACGACGAGGUCAUGACGGCCAGUAUGGCCGCUACAACGGAGUCAGGAUCGGGGGACCCUUUAUCUAAUGCGCCCGUUUUGGAUGACGGGCCAAUCUGGAACAAGGGCCCUAAACAGUAUCGAUUCACAGAAAAUCGACGCAUCAACCAGAAGCUUACCUUUUGCGUUCUGAUCGCUGUCGUGCUCGCCGUCGGUCUUGGUCUGGGCAAUCUCGUGGCGUACAACGAGUGCGAAACAGAGUACAAAUCACAACAAAAAUCCGCUGUAGUCGAUCCUCCUCUCGCACAAAAUGAUGACGUCAAGGUUAAGGACGAGGUCAAGGUCGAAGUCAAGGACGAGGUUAAGGAAGUCAUUCCAGAAGAGGUCAAACAUGUUAAACCCGACAUUGAAACGGACCGUGAACAGUACACCGCUCAGAUGCAAACGUUAUCAAAAAUCGUGCAAACUUUGGACUCGCUGCAGAGAAAGAUUGACAACUUUGAAAACCACACGCGCCGAAUGGGUGGCGUCGUCGUUAUGAAGGAUAAUAAUGACCACCAGGAAGAUGACGACCAAGCAUUUGCGCCCCCUCCCCCAACGAGACUGCCAUUACGAAAAAAUUUUGACGACGAGGAAGAGGGCGGGCAUCUUGUCGAUGAGGUGAUGCACCCUUUUCCGAGUGAGGAGGAGGAGGAGGAAGCCAAGAAGUGGGAGGAGGCUGAGGAGGAAGAUUUCGUACUCGAUUUGAUUGACGGGAUUGAAGAAACGGUCGACUAUUUGACACGACAGGAUGAACUUAAACAUCUCGAAAGGUUGGAGAAACGCAUGAGAAGGGAGGACAUCCAUCCGUCAGAGUUGUUUACGGACAAACGAGAAAAAUCGCCUGAAGAAUUAGACUCCAUCCGAACUAUUGAAGCCAGUCUCACCGUCUUCAAAACAGCCCACGAAGCCUUCAUCCAUCGCGAACGGGACGAACUUCGGGAACAAAAAAUCCUCGGUUUGGCAGAAGAACGUCGCCCCGAAGAUUACUCAGAAGCCGAGAAAACUGCCCUCAAAUCCAAGUAUGACACUUUCAUGGAAGAAUAUCCCUUCAAAGCGGAAAUCGACGUGGAAAAAGAACGGCUCAAGUUCCUCCCAAAAAAUAGCGACAAUCAUGGCGACAGAUUAGAUGACGAUAUUGACUCCUUCUUCAAACAGUACAACACACAGAGUGACGAUGAAGGUGACGACGAUACUUUGCUCGAUUUUCAGAGCUGGAUGGCACCCACGGAAGAACAAGAAACUGACGAGGUCAAAGUUCCUGAAGAAGUAGUCACCCCAGAUGAAAAAGUUGACCUCAAUAUUACUCCCGCCCCUCCAAAAGAACCCGAACCAGAACUCAAGAAGGUAGCGAAAAAGGGUAAAAAAUCCAAAAAAUCGUCCCGACGUGACUCUGAAUCUUCCGAAUUUGGAUCUGGAAACGGAAAUCGUCGCCACAAGAAAAAACGAGCCAGCGGAGAAUCCAAGGACAAGAAAAGUGACGAGAACAAGGACAAGAAAAAGCGCAGGUCAAGGUCAAAGUCACCUCCACCACCCCACAACAACAAUAAUAAUAAACGGACCGGCUACAACGUCAACUUUGACCUCGACUCGGACGACGAUGAUGACCACAAGAGGAGAAAGUACAAUCACCACAAAUCCUCCUCCGGAGAAGAAAAUGGAGGAAAUUUAUACCACGACACCGCCCAGCAGAAGAAGGAGGACGAUGUCAACUGGCUUCUCGAGCGGACCAAGGUGCGUGCCGAGAUGAGGGACGACGAGGUCAACAAAGGUCACCUGAAUAAUAAAAAGGCCAAGAAUAAUUGGCAACUGGAACGGGAUAGAGUUCGACGCAGCGUGCGCAGCAAGAAUGAGAAGAUCAAGAGCUUCAAUUAUUAAUUUUUUUCAAAUUCCUCAGAAAUUUUAAGAAAAAAAAACGCUUCUAAAAACAAAAUCGACGCGUUUUUUUGUAUGAAAUAAUUUUGAUCUUCAUUAAUCUCCUUCCAGUUACCACGAAAUAAGAAAAUGCUGCCCUGCCAUCGGACGAAAGAUUAAAAAGGAGUCCAUUUUGAUUCUCUGUGUGACCUAAUUAUCGUAACUUGAGAGUAUUUACCGCAUAAUAAGUAGUAACACGAAAUAUGUACGUAGUGUGACGAAAAAUUAUAAAUAAUUAACUAAUUAAUUGACGAGACGAUAGUUAAAUAUUAAAUAUUAUUAAUAAAUACGUGUGUAAUGUGAUAUCUAUAUAUUCCUGAAAAAAGUGAAUAAUUUAUCCAAAAUUUGUCACCAUUCGGUCAAAAUUCGAUCCAGAAUGUAGUGCUUUUCUUCGUUUUAAUAUUUCCGAGUGCAAUUUCAAACUAUUUUCCGUCUAAAAUCUCGAUUUUCGAGUUAUAUGUAAAUUACAUUGUCUUCUUUUUAAAUCACGAAUAAUAUGCAAAUUAAAAAUUUCCAAAAGAAAUGUACACCCAAAAUUGUAAUGAAACUUUCAACAUUCUAUAAUUCUUUUUGUCGAGAUAUUAAAUGUAUUUCGUCCCAUUUUUUGGUAACAAACAACAAACAACAAGAAUGAUCUUAAUAAUGAUUAA